UUUCCUUGUCAUUGUUUUUCUUCUUGCAGCUAUCUAGAUUUCUGUUUUUUAUUUCUGUUUUUAGAUUUUUUUAGAGACUUCAUUUUAACGCCUGAUUCAUUUCAGUUCCCUGGCAGAAUGGAGGACCAACAGAACAUUAGUUCUGCCUGGUCAGAUCAUUUGUUCCCAGACCAAUCCAUGUCAAAGUACCUUAACAGCACUGAAGAAUACCUUGCAUACUUGUGUGGGCCAAAACGUAGUCGACUGUCACUCCCCAUGACUUUAGUAUAUACAGCUAUUUUUUUAGUGGGAGUCAGUGGGAAUCUGCUGGUAUGUCUUGUGAUCUUAAAGCAUCAUAACAUGAGAACUCCAACAAACUAUUACUUGUUCAGUCUUGCUGUUUCUGACCUCUUGGUCCUGCUCCUUGGAAUGCCUCUUGAAGUAUAUGAGAUGUGGAGCAACUACCCUUUUCUUUUUGGUGCUUGGGGUUGUUAUUUUAAGACUGUCCUAUUUGAGACAGUAUGUUUUGCUUCAAUUUUAAGUGUUACCACCGUAAGUGUGGAGAGAUAUGUUGCCAUAAUUCAUCCUUUCCAAGCCAAGCUUAAGAGCACUCGAAGAAGGGCACUUAGAAUAAUUGUCACUCUGUGGAUUUUCUCUAUUCUUUUUUCAAUUCCCAAUACAAGCACACAUGGGAUUCUACUGCAGUAUUUUCCAAAUGGGAGCCUCGUUCCAGAUUCAGCUACAUGCACUGUAGUUCAACCCUUAUGGAUAUAUAACUGUAUUAUUCAAGUGACGUCACUGCUCUUCUAUGUGCUUCCAAUGGCAGUUAUAAGUGUCCUCUACUGUUUGAUGGGAGUCAAACUCAGGGAUGAUCGUUCGCUGGAGGCAGAUAAAAUGUCAGUAAAUGUCCAAAGGCCAUCUCGUAAAUCUGUUACAAAGAUGCUUUUUGUUUUGGUGAUGGUGUUUGGCAUUUGUUGGGCUCCUUUCCAUGUGGAUAGACUAUUCUUUAGCUUUGUGGUUGACUGGACGGAAUCACUGGCCAAUGUCUUUAACCUCAUCCAUUUGGUAUCAGGUAUUUUCUUCUAUAUCAGCUCAGCUGUAAAUCCUAUAAUCUACAACCUUCUUUCUAGACGCUUCCGAUCUGCAUUUCAAAAUUUACUUCCUCCGCUUUUCAAGCACUGGAAACCCAAGCUUCCCGUUCAGGGUUUAGCACCACAGAAAAGAGUACUGAUCCUUUCAGAUCGUAACCGAAAAGACUCAACUCAAGAAGGAAGUCCUUCUUUUCCCCAUCGCACCUCCAUCUGUAGUUCACACCUCUCCACCGUCUUGUGAAACUACAAAUGUUCUCUGUGACUUCUAAGGUUAUCAAUAAUGAAAGCGGUUAUGUGAUUAAACAAAUUACACCUCCAGAAGUUACCCUACUGCAUUGGAAAUACUGAAUACUUGUUCAAAUUGCAACUAGGAAACAAUGUACGGUCUAUACAGAACAUAUAUGGAAUAUAACUUGCUAAGAAAACAACAUUGUCUUUUCAGUUCCAGAGAGGAUUAGAAAGUAUUGUCCUGUGCAUACAAAUCAUGAUAAAUAAGCAGUAUUGAUGUACUCUGCGGUAAUAACACUGUGACUGAAAAGCAUUGUAGUUAUCCUCAUAUGUAAGCUUGAAACUGGAUUUUAUAGUUCCCAUGGUAGCCAAGAUCAUUUUUCAGACCAGUCCUUAACAUCCACCAAUUCCACUCACAAUUUUAGUAUAACUAGGGACAGAUUUAAAAUUGAAACGGGAUGAUCAUUGAGGACUAGUUAGAAUUCAGAGAUCUAACCUACAAAUACAAAAUGCAAA